GCCAGAGCGCAAAGACCGACGCACCGUGCAACCUCAGCCCGACUCACUGCGCCCCGGUCUGGGAUGCUUUUAGCGCAGAGACGCCUCCACUCAGGGCAGCCCGUGGACGUCGACGAAGAUCAUCAACACUCUUCUCGUUGUUGUUGUUGUUAUUUUUAACCGAGGAUCUUUCCCCCCCGAAACCCACUCAUCCCUCCCUUUUCAAGUGUUUAUGUUUGUUUCUUCAUGACUGCUGCUUUGGGAAGCGAGCCUCAGCACCAGCUCCAGCAAAGCCAACACCAUGCGAGCCCAAAUCGAAGUCAUUCCUUGCAAAAUCUGCGGAGACAAAUCAUCAGGUAUCCACUAUGGAGUCAUUACGUGUGAGGGAUGUAAGGGUUUCUUCAGACGGAGUCAGCAGAAUAAUGCAGCCUACUCCUGCCCCCGCCAGAGGAACUGCCUCAUCGACAGAACAAACCGCAACCGCUGCCAACACUGCCGCCUGCAGAAAUGUCUCGCCCUAGGAAUGUCCAGAGAUGCUGUAAAGUUUGGCCGCAUGUCCAAGAAGCAACGUGACAGCCUAUACGCAGAGGUCCAGAAGCACCAGGCGCGAACGGAGCAGCGGCAGCAGCAGACAGGCGAGGCAGAAGCUCUAGCACGUGUUUACUCAUCCAGCCUAACCAACGGACUGUCCACCCUUAACCAUGAGAUUGGGGGCACCUAUGCCAAUGGUCACGUCAUUGAGCUGCCAAAGGCUGGCCAUGUUAACGGAGGCGGAGUCCAAGCGGGAUACUAUGGGAUGGAUUCCACCCAGCCAUCUCCAGACCAGUCAGGUUUGGACAUGUCGGGCAUGAAGCACAUUAAACAGGAGCCGGUGUAUGACCUGACGCCAGUGCCCAACCUGUUCAGCUACGGAGGCUACCAGGACAGUCAGCUUGGACCCAAUAACGUCAGCAUGGGAGAGCUGGACCGUAUUGCUCAGAAUAUCAUCAAGUCCCACCUGGAGACAUGUCAGUACACAACAGAGGAGUUGCAGCAGUUAGCCUGGCAGACACACUCCUACGAAGAGGUCAAGAUGUACCAGAGCAAGCCUCGGGACGUGUUGUGGCAGCAGUGUGCCAUCCAGAUCACCCAUGCAAUCCAGUACGUGGUGGAGUUCGCCAAGCGCAUCUCAGGGUUCAUGGAACUGUGCCAGAAUGACCAGAUCCUCCUGCUCAAGUCAGGUUGUUUGGAGGUAGUCUUGGUGCGGAUGUGCAGGGCAUUCAACCCUCUCAACAACACUGUGCUCUUUGAAGGGAAGUAUGGAGGCAUGCAGAUGUUCAAAGCUCUAGGUUGUGAUGACUUAGUGAGUGCCGUGUUUGACUUUGCCAAGAGUUUGUGUUCACUGCAGCUGACAGAGGAGGAGAUCGCGCUGUUCUCAGCAGCAGUACUAAUUUCCACAGAUCGACCGUGGCUGAUGGAGCCUCGGAAGGUCCAGAAGCUCCAGGAGAAGAUCUACUUUGCUCUGCAGCAUAUUAUGCAGAAGAAUCACAUGGACGAAGACGCACUGGCUAAGCUGAUCAGUCGAAUUCCAACGUUGUCAGCCCUGUGCACGCUUCACACCGAGGAGCUUCAGGCCUUCCAGCAGCUUCACCCGGAAACAGUCAACGUCCUCUUCCCUCCGCUCUACAAAGAACUCUUCAACCCCGACCCCAACUCUGCCAUGGCCAUGCCCAAGUGACUGCCUGUGGUCCCAAUGCAACCAACAGCAUCAGCGGAGGACCAAGAAAAUAAGGAGACGUCUGACAAGACGACAGCAGCCGAGUCGACGAUGUCAUCAUCGUGGCCACCACAUAUUCCUGAACUCACCGAGCUUCAUUUCAGGCCAGGGGAUGAGGAAUCAUCUGCCAGAAACUUACAGUUACCGCCAACAAUACUAGGAAUGUCAAGCACUUACCCCAUCCUGUUCACCGAUACAGUCUGAAGAAUGUAUAUAUAAAUGAAAAGCAACCUAAGCCUGAGUGUGGCUUCCUCCCAUCUUCUGAACUGAACUGACUGACCAGAAAUGUACAGACUUUAAAACAUCUAGGAACAAUUUUAAGUUGUUAAUCUGUUAAAAAAAAUGGGUAAGUUAAAAAAGGUUGUUUUAACUUUGAAAAAAAUAUUUUUUGUUUCUUUUUUUUUUUUUUUUUUCACAUGAAGAAAUUGUGAAGUGGAAGAGGCUAAAUGGGGAAGGGAACUGUGGAUUUAGAAAAGCUAUUGUAGAUAUUCUUCUAGUGCAGAGCGGAUUCCAGUAUUACUUCUUGUUCUGUUAAAAUAAGUUAGUCCUAAUUUAAAUAUACAGCAGUCCACUGUGGCUGACUAUACCUUG